AUGAAAGGGCGUCUCACCGAGUACCAGGUCAUCGGGCGUCACCUGCCCACCGAGGCUAACCCCACGCCCAAGCUGUACCGCAUGCGCAUCUUUGCGCCCAACACCGUCGUCGCUAAGUCGCGGUUCUGGUACUUCCUGACCCAGCUCCGUAAGGUCAAGAAGGCCAACGGUGAGAUCGUCAGCAUCAACGUGAUCAACGAGAAGCGCCCUACCAAGGUCAAGAACUUCGGUAUCUGGCUCCGCUACGACUCCCGCUCCGGCACCCACAACAUGUACAAGGAGUUCCGUGAGAUGAGCCGCACCGAGGCCGUUGAGGCUCUCUACCAGGAUAUGGCUGCCCGUCACCGUGCCCGCUUCGGUUCCAUCCACAUCCUCAAGGUUGUUGAGAUCGAGAACGCCGACUCCAUCCGCCGCCCCUACAUCAAGCAGCUCCUCUCCAAGAACCUCAAGUUCCCCCUGCCCCACCGCGACUCUGGCAGCAAGAAGGUGUUCGCUUACUCUCGUCCCUCUACCUUCGCGUAA